CGUCUGGGCUCAGGACCUCCCGGCCCCGGCCCCACCCCCGCGCCAACGCUCGCAGCCCCCAGCUCCCGCGCGCUGGGUGAGGAGGCCGCGUUGCCAGGGAAACGGGAGGACGCCGGGCAGCCGCCCCCACCGCCUCCACCCCUAGAAAGCCCUGCCGCCGCCGCAGCUGAAAGCUGCCUCCGGGGAGGAGGAGGAAGAGGGGCCGGUAGCGGGAGGGGAGACGAGACAGGAGGAGGAAGAGGAACACAGAGACUGCCCUGCGCGAUUGAUGGGCGGCCCCUCCGCCCUGGACCAGCCCGCCUGUCCCGCCCCUUGGCCCCUUCAGCCCGCGCAGGUGGGGAAGGACGGACCCGCCAGGUUGGGGAUUAAGAAUCAUGUUGCAUGAAGCAAAGGACAGGCAGAAGUUCGUGAGUAAUGUUCAGUAUCUGCGGGACAUGCAGCAUAAGAUGGACUCUGAAUAUCAGGCUUGUCUGAGACGACAGGAAUAUAGAAGAGACCCAAAUGAGAAGAAAAGAGAUCAAUUUGGGGGGCCAGAGACAAAUUUGGAGAGAUCCCGGUUUUCAAGUGGGUCAUCUUCCAAACAGAGUUCUGGUGAGGAGGAUCCUCUGGCUGAACCAAGACCAUCCACCAAGAGUUCUGCGGUUAAGUGUGAUUCCAAACUUCCAGCAAUUGACCAAACAUCAGUCAAACAGAAACAUAAAAGUACUAUGACUCCAAGGAAAGUGGAGAAAGCAAGCCCCAGCAAACCCUCUUCAGCAACCCUGGCAUCACAGAUUUUAUCAAGGAAGAGGAGGCCAAACCUGGGGAGACUGACAGUCAGCCCAGAAAUGCAGAACCCAAGAGUGCCGGGGGACAGAAGCAGACUGAAGGCACAGGCCCUCAGGGGACCAGAUCCAGUAGUUCAACAAGAGGGCCCAAUGUGGACAAGUGACACUAAGCUGAAGAGGCCAACUCGAGAGAGAAGAAACUUCGUCUCAUCCUCACAGUUAAUGACCACGACUGAGAAUACCCCUGAGAGAGCCAAAAAAGGAGACCCAAGUGCUCUUUCCCAGAAUGAGCUAUAUCCAGGCCUACGUCAGGCCUUCCAAGGAACAAACAGUCCUCAAAUGUUGAGUGAGUCCUUGGGGCCACCACUCAUAACCACCAACCCGGGAGGACCAAGAAGGGCACCAUUUAGGUUCAGAGACGAAGAUUUUUAUUCCAUUUUAUCAUUAAACCCUGGCGGAGAUGGUGAUGACACUGAGGAAGAGACUCUUGUCGAGGAAGAACUUUUGUUGGCUGGUAUGCACCCAACUCGUUCUCCUUCCAAUCACAAGAGAAGUCGCUUUCUUGGGAUAUCGGCCACUCAGACCAAAAAUAAAAAUUUUGAAGAAAACCCUGAAAAUUGGAGAGCUAAUUCCAAUUGGAGAAGAAAUGAGUCCAGUUAUGGCUCCUUAAGAAUAAGCAAUGCAAUGGAGCCCGUGACCAAACCUCCGCCUCUUGGGCCAAGGGUGUUUCAAGACCCCAAGCUACCUCCUGGAGGAUCUCCUAAAGAGAAUGACAGUGGUGACAGUAAACAUGAGAACAGCGCUUUUCCUUCAUGGGACACCAAAUCUAGUCUGGAUGGUGACCUCAGUGCUGAAAAUGUAUUUAGAGAUUGUAUUUCAAUGGAAGACAGGUCUGGUACCCAUGAUUAUGAAAGAGAUUGGCAUGCCUAUCUAAACAGCUCUAGUAAUUCUCUUGACUAUUUUCUUUCUGGUAGAUCAACAGCUCCAAGAUCACCAGCGAGUUCAUCUUACAACACUCCUGGAUCAUUAAUGCAUUCUGCUGCGAGAGGAGAUACUCCAGUAGACUCGUCAAUGUCAUCUACCUUAGUUCAGAGUGCAGACUCAGAGGGAAACUCAAGGUUUAGUGUUCGUCGACCACUGUCCCCUAUUAGAAAUAGGAAUCUAUUUGUCAGUGCUGAAAACCAUAGUUAUUUUCCAGUAAACAGUGCACAUGAAUUUGACGUCAGGGGAGAAGAAGAUGUUACUUUAACAAGCCCAUCGCAGGGGGCUCCAUUAUACACAGAAGACCUCUCACUAAAUCCUGAAAGCAACUUGUCCUUGGUGGAGUCUUCCAGCUCCUCUCCAUCAAGAAUGAACAUACAAGGCCAUUUGCAUGUGCCUGGGUCCCUGCAAGAAAACAUACCCUUUACUUUCUUUGCAGUCUCUGAUUCCCCAAAUCAAAAUGAUAAUGGAAACGGACUGGCAGUCUCUGCUUUCACAGAUGAAAAGGAAGCCAUUACGAUAAAGGCAGACCCUGAGAAACUCAAGAAAUUACAGGAAAGUCUCCUGGAGGAGGACUCGGAGGAGGAGGAGGGAGACCUGUGUCGCAUCUGUCAGAUAGCCGGGGGUUCCCCAACCAACCCCCUCCUGGAGCCUUGCGGCUGUGUGGGAAGCCUGCAGUUUGUUCAUCAGGAUUGCCUGAAAAAGUGGCUGAAAGUGAAAAUAACAUCAGGAGCGGAUCUAGGUGCUGUGAAGACCUGUGAGAUGUGUAAGCAAGGCCUGCUGGUCAACCUGGAUGAUUUUAACGUGACUGACUUCUACCGGAAGCACCAGCAAUCCCGGGCACAAAAUGAGCUGAUGAAUUCAGGCUUGUACCUGGUGCUGCUGCUUCACCUCUAUGAGCAGAGGUUUGCAGAACUCAUGAGGCUCAACUACAGCCGAGUUUCGAGAGGAAGGUUGUCAAGAAAUUACCCACAACCCAGACCGGAAGAAAAUGAAAAUUCUGAGCUGGGGGAUAGAAAUGACAGCGGCAGCCACAUUGUCUAGCAAGGGAGCUGGCCCUCCUGGAGCUCUGCGAUGACAUCUCCUCACAGCUGCUUUUUCUAUGUCCCCAUGUGCCUCCUUCCCGCCUCCUCUUUACUGAAACUGAAACCACAGUGUUUACAGUUACCAUUUUCACCCUGUGUCCCUCUGUCCUCGGGGUCUGGCUUGAGCAUUAAGGACAGCAGCAGGGACCCGCUCAGUCCCCAACAGCACAAGUCGGGAAGCCGGCGCUGCUUGAGUCCCCACCGGUGGCCCUGCUGCUGUCCCCCCCAACCCUGCCCCGAGCCUGAAGCACCAGGCACCUGGCAGCCCUGGCAGCCCCGCAGCCUCUGUACAGGGCGCCUGUUUAGGCCUCCCUCCACCCUGAGUGGAAUCCGGCCACGUCUUCAAUAAAAUGACUUUAUUC